AUGAAAAUGAGGAUAUUCGUUGCUGUCAUUCUUGCUGCUCUUAUCCUUCUAGUAUUUGCGCUAGGCAUAUUCCUCCUUAUCCCAUUCCCUAUAGCCAUUUUCCAAUCCAUCGUCGAUUCGCAAGUUUAUCUCCAGUAAGUUGCUUCUUCCAGUUUUUUAUGGUUUUGUUCAAAUUAUCUUUGUUUUUCCAGACGCAAAUCCGACGGUCAAUUCCCAACGGGUACCUUUUACUGGUCGAAAAUUCCUGCAGUACAAUACUGGACGUUCUACCUGUUUAACGUGACUAACCCCGAUGAAGUACUGUACUAUGGUGCCACGCCGAACAUGCUCGAAAUCGGACCAUAUACCUACGCGUGAGUUUGCACGACAAAUUGACAUCUCCCGGUAGUUGCCUUGUGCCUUUUGUGAUAAGCGAGGCGCCUUAACCAUACUUGAUUUGUAAUUGUGAUAGUGGAAAAAUGUGCUGUGAUAGUUACGGAGAGAGUGUUUGAGUUGAAGAGAGCGACUGUAAAUGGACCGUUAAAACGAUUGCAACUGAAAAGUCUAUUACUCGACUUGAAAUAUGAUUUCAUGCUGAUACAGGGCAACUUAUGCUUGUUUGCAAGAGAUUGAUAGCAAAUGUGGGAUGUUGAACUUGAAAGUAAAGAUAUUAUGAUUUAUUUGAGACAACGUAUCAUGAUCGACGAAAAAAUCGUUUGUGACAUGGGGCGACAUUUACGGCUCAGCAGAGCACACCUAAUCCUUUUGAACUCUUUCAGCGAGACGGAAUUCAAAGAUUUUAUCGAGUUCCGGAACAAUGAUAAGGAAAUAUUCUAUAUGAACAAUAAGACUUGGGUGAGAGAAGAUCAGACAGCAGUUCGCAAAGAUCAUCCCACAACUUUUAGGUUUUUGAUCAAUCACGCUCGUGCGAAGAUUGUCGUCAAGCUGAUAGCGUUUCAUUUGCCAACACUGCCUUCAUGGUAAGGAAUGUUCUAUUUUGGGAGAAAAGAGUGUAGUGCGCUGGAAAUUGGGAGUAACACUCAAAAACUUUCAGAGCACGGUCUUCAUGCAAAUCGAGCAGCCUUCUUCUUCUCCUUUAAUCGGAUUGGGUAUGGAUGUUCUCACUCUUCUUCUCGGCGAGCAACCUUUGAGGUAGGGUACCAAGGUACACCACAAAACCGAAAAAUAACCGCAGAACUGUCACUGCUUCCGGAACUCUUUUUGAUGGCUAUUCCGACCCGCUUAUCGACUUAAUCAACAGCCCGCUAGUCAAGGUAAUUCUCACCGAAACUGUUCCUGUUUCGCCCACACCCACUAUGACGUGAUAACAACGUGUUUCCUGAUUGCAGGCGCUCAUGAACAUUUUGGGAAAUCCUAUUCAAUUCCCGCAAGUCACGAGCGGCGGAUUCUUCCCUCAGGUACAAAUGAAAAUGGUGUCACACCUGAAAACUGUUACUUUUUAGUACAAUCACACUUGCGACGGAAACUAUACAAUUAAAACAGGAAAAGAUAAUAGCGAUAAGUAAGUUGAGGCAUGAAAAGGAGCACUAUAACACAGAGAUUUUAGCACCGCUUUGAUUCAAACAUGGAAUGGAAUGACUCAUUUGUCGUGGUGGAAAACGGAGGAGACCAGGGACAUCAGAAACACCGGAGAUGGAACUUUUCAGAAGCCGGGACUUCAGAAGAAGGACAACUUGAAACAAUUCCAGUCAUUUGUUUGCAGGUACAUAGUAUGCAUACAAUCUUUAUAAACAACCACUAGAUUUCAGAACGUACAAUCUUCAUUACUCUGAGACAAAGACAGUCAACACAAUCCCAACAUAUGGAUUCAAGAUUGAAGAUGACUCGUACGAUGCAGUCAAACAUGUAGGAUACCGAUACGAUAACCUUGAGAAAGUGGUACAUACUUUUACUUAUUCCUGGCUGACUUUCAACUUUCCACGUCUCAAUUUCAGAACUACUUCCCAAGUUGGCCAUGUGGUCCAAACCAUACAAAGUCUGACAACGGAAACUGCGGAAUGGUCGACUGCAACAUCCCGGAUAACUUUUGCAGUAACUGUUGCGACGGAGCGCACAUAAAUGGGACCUACCUGCUGCCGCCAGGGAUGAUUCCACAGCAGUGCCUUGCCGGACAACUGAUUCCCGUUCCGUUCGGUGCCAUUCUCUCCGCGCCUCACUUUUACGGAGCGCCUAAAGAGGUUUUUGAGAAUAUGGUUGGAAUUCAGUCCGACCCCGAGAUUCAUCAUCCCGGAACUUUCUACAUUAAUCCAGUAUGUCACAAAAUAUAGCUUCACGUCGAUCAUUAUCAACUUCAGACAACCGGAAGUUCAAUCGGUGGCAGUUUUAAAAUGAUGAUGUCAAUUCCCGUCUUCACUUCUUCGGCCUGGACGUGAGCUUAUUAGAAUAAGGAUGUUGCAAACUUUAUGGAAUUUCAGAACUAUGUCAAACGUAAGGAACGCACUUCUGCCGUCUUUCUGGCUAGGAAUCAGUGUUGAGAUGCGUGACUACGCUAGAAACUACGUGUAUUUCAAUGUGGUGACACUUCCGAAUAUCAUCCUUGGAGUCGGAAUCGGAUUGACUGCCAUUUCCAUACUUGCAGUCCUCCUCUGGGGAUUCUUGUACUUCAGAAGGAAAAGAAAUGAGAAACCGUUCGUUCUGUACCAGAGAAGGUUAGAACCUUCAUGGAGUGUAGCCGGCGAUCUUUAUUGA